AUGCAGCUGUACGUGAUUGGUUUUGUAGCACUAGCAACGCUAGUUGCAUCCACCCAGGCAGCUCCAGUGGAUCCUGUAGCAACGCCGUACAUUGUGCAGUACGAGAAUAACAACGCACAGAACGAAGGAUACAGCUUUGAAUACGAGCUAAGUGAUGAGCAGCGUCGCAAGGAAGAAGGAAGCCUCCGGUACAGCAAGGACGAUGAAGGCAAAGAUGUACAGUUUGUUGCCGUUCAGGGACGUUACUCGUACGUUGGGGACGAUGGCCGUACAUACUGGGUAGAGUACAUCGCCGACGAGAACGGCUAUCGUGCCCGGACGGGAACGGGUGACUACGAUACCGAUCGUAAGCUAGACGUUUCGGGUAACGAGCGCAAGAAUCGCCCAUUCGCUUAG